UGUUAACAAAUUCUUAUUAAUUAUUACAGUGAAAUCAAUUUCGUUUAUAGUUCUGUUGAUGUUAAAAUACUGAUAGUUCGCGCAUUUGCGUUGUUUGUUUACUUGUUAUGUUUUUGCUCUCAAGUUUACGUAAACAAUAUACAAUUUAAACUUUAAAUAUGUCUAAAAAAGACCCAAACGAUCGGAACGAAAGAAAGUUGGAAACAAGCGAUUAUGAACACCUUAUUUCACAACACAGUAUUUUCGAAUCUUCAAAGCCAAAACAUCAAGAACUGCCAAGUUUUCCUGGUUUUUCUAACGCAGAAACUCAAACAAAACCAAGUGAUAUAAAGGGACAAGGCAUUCAAAGUGGGCUAGGUGCAUGGCACUACAAUCCUUGGUGGAUGCUAGCUAGUACAUCGCGAAGUGUUCCUUCUCAAGAUGAUUUCUCAGAAAACAGUGACCAAACAAAAGUUAAACAAGAACCCAGCGGGGCAGGUACUCCUGAUACAGAUCCUUUACAGAAUGACCUAGAUCAUUUUCAAACCACACCUACUCCUCCACCGCCCGCAGGAUUGGACUCAUUCUGUGACGAUUGUUCAGAUCCUUUCUGCGAUUCCAGUGUGGCUAUAUGUCGUAAAUUAUUUCAUUGUCCUCAUUGCAGAAAGAGUUACCCUACAAUUCUUGAAUUUAACACUCAUUUGACUGGAGUACAUCCUGCACAAAAACCAUUCCGAUGCCAAAUCUGCUUGGAACCUUUUUACAAAAAAUCACAUUUGCGACGGCAUUUAGAUGCAAGCCAUACUCGAAAAGAUGUGAAUAAAUGUUCAGUGUGCUCAAAAUACAUAAAAGAUAAAAGUAACUUAAGAAAACACAUGCAAGUUCACACAGGCCGGGUACCUCAGAAACAGUUCAAAUGUGAUUUAUGCAACAACAAGCGUUACAUGUCUCUAGACAGACUUAACAAUCACAAAGUUGUCUGCACAGGAGAGAAAGUAUUAAAAUACUGCGAUAUGUGUACUAAAGUCUUUGACAAUUCAAGGUCUUUAAAUAGCCACAAAAAAGUACAUGCUAGAGAAUUAAAAUGCGAAAAUUGUGGGGAACAAUUUCGGUCAUUAGAACAGUUUAACAACCACAAAAUGAUCUGUUUAGGAAACUCACAUGAUGGUGGUGGCAGCACUUCAACGAACACUUCAGGAUCUGCAUUAAGCCGUUGUUGUACACAGCCAGGUCUGUGUGAGCAUGACAAACCAGCUUACUUGAACAUACCUAGCUAUGCUGCUGGCAGAGUUCUAGAUGCCACUCUUACAUCUUUAAAAUCAGAAUUGAACUGAUGAAUAGCAUGAACCAAUAUUUUACAAGUAGAUUGUAACACAAAUUUUUCUGAUUUUAUUUUAUACAGUUUACCAAAUGGUUAAAUCAAUGACAGUAAUAAUUUACACAAUUGAGAAUUUCACAAGACUGAUGCAAAUAUCCCGCCUCACAACUUGCUUUAUUAUUACCAUUUAAAUUUAGAAUGUAGUGAUUAAGUAUAAUACAUUAUAAAUAAGUAUUACUAUUUGAGCAUAUUUGAGGAUGUAGUAAAUAUUGCAUCGUAACUCCUACUGUUUUUAUGGACUAAAAGAAUAUGCUCAAAUGGUUACCCACCUCUUAUUUUGUAACAAUAUUAUAGUACACCUGUAAGUUUCCACUGAACAGCUUUACUAAUUACAAACCAGACCAGACUUAUUGUACUUUUAAAAUGACAGAUAUUAUUUAUUGUUUGAAUGUAUGCCUUGACUGAUUUAGAUUAAUGACUAUUAGUGUGCAGUAUUACAUUUAACAUUUUUUUAUUUUUCUAUUUUUGAAAGUUGUAAAAGCUAUAUGUUUUUUAUUAUUUUUAGAAUAUAGUGUAUAAGUUUUAUUUUUAAAUGGUUGGUAGAGUCUGUACAUGAAGCAUAUUUUAUAUUUCUGAUGCUUCAAUGUACAUCUUGCUCCAAAUAUUUUUUAAAUCGUAGUUGUAUAUUGAUUAUUAGGUAUGUAAUCUGAAUAUUUUCUAAAGACAAUUUUUUAUGUAUGAGACUUGUUUUAUAAUAUUAGAUGUAGGCAAACUUUGUGAAGUGCAAUGACCUUUGGCUAAGCCGUAAGCAUGUAGUUAUGGAAAGUUUUGUUGAGUACAGUCACUCAAAUAUUUAUUCUAGAAGUGUUAUACACUGAAAACUAUUGCUUAUAUCCAUAGGAUUCAAUUUUAAGGGCUUAUUAAACCUAUAAAUGUUGAAAGUACGAACCACAAAAUAUAAAGUUUUAUAUUGAUCUUUAUCUUAAAUAGAGCAAGAGUGGGUCUGGUAUAGUAGGUCCUUAAUAAAAUAAUAUUUAAAGUUUUAUAUUUUUUGUAAAAUAAGGCUUUAUAUUUAUGAGCCUUAUACAAUUUAUUAUUUAAUGAAUGAAUUAUAUUUUCAUGUUCUCUAUCUUUAACAGACAAAUUUUAAUAUUAUUUAAUUUUAUUUUAUUACAAGUUAUUCAAAAAUAAGACUUCUAUUUCGAGGCUUUAUAAUUCAUGUUUAGUUGUUGCUAUUUACAAUUGUUUUUACAUACAAUAUGUUUAAUUUUUAAUAUAAGAAUAAUCUAGUUUUAUAUACAUUAUAUAAAUAGCGUAAAGCUAGGCACAUUUAUUGUUUAUGUAUAUCUUUAUUCGUAGAUGAUUUAUCUUUAUGUUUUCGAAACUGAAAUAUGAACUCUAAAGUAAUAAAAAAAAUAUGAAUUUCCCUAUUAUAUAGUACAUGUGUCCGAUGCCUUAUGGGCGACUAUGUGUAUACCAUGCAGCCUGGGCUAUACGAUCUGUUAUAUCACCGUGUAUCUUUAGCUUCCAUUUUACCCCAGACAACGGUUAUGCCGUAGAUUUUCUAGGCACUUUACCGUGCAAUAAGAGGCUUGGGUAACAGUCAAUUACAACUAAGACAAUAAAGAUUUGCAUAAGAUCAGUAAUACGAAAUCAAAGGCAUAAUAACAAUUAUAAUUAUGAUAAAUAUUGCAAACUAUAUUGUCGAAACAUUGUGCAAAAUAAUGUAUAUGUUUCCUGUAGAUACUUGUUAUAGUUCGUCUUGAUACGUUACUGAUUGAGGAGUUCAAAACUGACCUAAUUUAAAGUAAUGUUUAAGUUAAGAUAAACUUACUUUUAAGGAAUCUUUUUUUAAAACGUAAAUGCAAUAUUAUUAUUUAAAUUAUUAUACAUUAUUGUAUGUUACAAAAUUUAAUAACGCAAUGAAACAAAUUGUGUCCAAAGAAAUACAUUUUACGAGUAUUUAUCUAAAACAAACAUAUGAUUCGCAUGUACAAAUAUUGUAACUGUGCCGUUCUGAAGUCUCUAUCAAUCACAUUAUAGUGUAUUGGAUAUAAGAGUUAUUUGAAUUCAAAAUGUUAGCAAGACGUUAAGAUCCUCUGAAAAAUUUCGACAAUAUUUAAACAUUAUAAAAUAUUUCAUGUUCAGAAAAAUAGUCAUCACUGUUUUAAAAUUCAGUGAUACAAGAAUAGAAAUAUAAUCAAACAAAAGAACAAUCGGAAUUAUGUCACAUAAUGCAUUUAACAUUGACUUAACAAUGAAUUACUGCCACUAAUAACUUUAUAAAGGCACAGUUAAAAUGUUUACAUUAUAAUUUAUUUAAAUUCAAUAUAUGUAUAAAAUUUUAAAAUCGAAAAGAAUAUACAUAUUAUUUAAUUUUUUUUUAGCAUCUUAGUGCUAUGGUACAAAUAAUGAUCAGAACUUAACCUAACGAAUUUUUCUUUAUUUUUCAAUCACUUUAUAUUACACCGUAUAUUUUUUGUAGAGUUUAGUAUGGUGUUAUACAUAAUUUAUGCACCUAGAAAUAAGAAAAAAUGUGUUCAUAUGAAUUUAGUUAUGAUACUUAUAGCCUAGUUUUAUCUCAAUUACAAAAUAGUAGAGCUGUAAAACAGUGCAAUUUUUGCAUAAACAUUCUUAUUCCACCGAAAUUGUACCGCUACUUUUAGUUGCAGAAACGAAAUAUUGUACCUACAAAUGUUUGCAGCCUUAACAUUUGAAGCAAUUGUGAACGCAUUCUGCUAUUGUUACCUAAAGUUAUAAACAGAUUCUUAUAUUAGGGUCGUAACUCCUAGUUUUUAGCUAACGAACUAAAAUAUUGUAAUAAAAAUACAAAUGUCACGAAUAAACGAAAUUACUUUCCGUUAA